AUGGCGCCCGCCCAACCUGAGCUGAAGAAGUAUCUCGACAAGCGGCUCUUUGUCCAGCUCAACGGCAGCCGCAAAGUCAUCGGCGUGCUCCGCGGCUACGAUGUCUUCCUGAACAUCGUGCUGGACGAGGCAGUCGAGGAAAAGGACGGCGGAGAGAAAGUCAGGCUCGGCAUGGUUGUCAUCCGCGGCAACUCCGUAGUCAUGCUCGAAGCUCUCGAGAGGAUCGGCGGCGACGACAGGCAAAACCGAUAA